AUGGGCCGCGCUGCCGAUGUCGACCUGUUCCAGGCCCGCGCUGCCCUGCAACAUUCGCAGAGCAAAGACGUGUCGAUCCCCAGAGAGUUCCUGGCUCAGAUUGUGGAGGAGCUGAUUCAAUGCCGCGAGUCCCAUUCAUCGAUUGCGGAGAUUGACCGCGAGUGCUCGCAGCUGCGCAAGGAGCUGCGGAAACAUACGCAUAUCAACGAGGCGUUUCAGAAGGAGUUGCGGGAGAUCGGGGAACUGAUUACCCAGGUUGCCCAUGGAGAUCUUUCGCAGCGCGCGCGGAUGCAUCCGCUGGAGAUGUCUCCCGAUAUUGCGACCUUCAAGUUGACGAUCAAUACGAUGAUGGACCAGCUUCAGGUCUUUAGCCAGGAAGUCUCCAAGAUCGAGGGCAUUCAGGGAAUCUGGGCCGAGUUGACGGUAAAUGUCAACGCGAUGGCCAAUAACCUGACAACCCAAGUCCGGGAUAUUACGACUGUGACGACUGCGGUGGCGAAGGGUGAUUUGACUCGCAAAGUGCAAGCCGACUGCAAGGGAGAGAUUCUAGUGUUGAAGACCAUCAUCAACUCCAUGGUUGACCAACUCCGCGAGUUUGCCAAUGAAGUGAGCCGUGUUGCCCGGGAGGUGGGUUCUGAUGGUACCCUUGGUGGUCAAGCGGUUGUCCAUGGCGUGGAAGGCACAUGGAAGAACUUGACUGAGAACGUGAACUUGAUGGCAUCCAACCUGACGCAACAAGUCCGCGAGAUUGCCAACGUUACGACCGCUGUGGCGCGCGGUGAUCUCGGGCUGAAAGUGACCGCGGACGUCAAGGGAGAGAUAUUGGAUCUCAAACUCACGAUCAAUGCUAUGGUCGACCGUCUGAAUCAAUUCGCCUCCGAAGUGAACCGAGUCGCUCGCGAAGUGGGCACCAAUGGUACCCUGGGCGGACAGGCGCAGGUCGAAAAUGUCGAAGGACAAUGGCGAAAUCUGACGGACAACGUGAAUACCAUGGCCCAGAACUUGACCAUGCAAGUUCGUCAGAUUUCAAACGUGACACAAGCGAUUGCUCGUGGCGACUUGAGUACGAAGAUCGAAGUCCAUGCGCAAGGCGAGAUCUUGACGCUCAAAGAGACCAUUAAUAGCAUGGUCGAUGGACUUAAGCAGUUUGCGACAGGUGUGAAAAGUGUGGCAAGAGAUGUAGGUGUUCGAGGACAGCUCGGCGGCCAGGCGCAUGUAGAAGGCUUCCUCGGCAUUUGGCGCUCAAUCAGUGAAGAUGUCAACACUAUGGCAGACAACCUGACAUCCCAAGUGAGGGCCUUCGGGGAGAUGACAGAAGCGGCGAUGAGCGGUGACUUUACUUCCCUGAUUACUGUCUCGGCAUCUGGUGAAAUGGACGAUCUCAAACAGAAGAUCAAUAAGAUGAUCUCCAGUCUGCGAGAAAGUAUCCAACGCAAUACGGCGGCCCGAGAGGCCGCAGAGUUGGCGAACCGCAGCAAGUCCGAGUUCCUCGCCAAUACAAGUCAUGAGAUCCGAACCCCAAUGAAUGGUAUCAUUGGCCUCACCAGUCUUGCAUUGGAUACCGACGACCUUCCAGCAUCUAUUCGCGACACAUUAAGCAUGGUUCACAGCCUAGCAUUCAGUCUUCUAACAAUUAUUGAUGACAUACUCGACAUUUCCAAGAUUGAAGCCAACCAUAUGAUCAUUGAGAAGACCGCUUUCAGUCUGAGCAGUACUGUAUUCAACGUAUUGAAAGCUUUCGACAUCCAAGCUGCGGAGAAGGCCCUAAGUUUGAUAUACACUGUUGAUGGGAAUGUACCCGACUACCUUAUGGGCGAUGCCUAUCGAAUUCGCCAAGUCAUGAUGAACUUGAUCGGAAAUGCGAUCAAAUUCACAGAUCAUGGAGAGAUCCGCGUCUCCAUCAAGCACAUCGAGGACAAAUCUUGCCCAACUGAUGCAACAUUUGAAUUCUCGGUUACCGACUCAGGAAUUGGGAUUGAAGAGAGUAAAUUAAGCCUCAUAUUCGACAAGUUCCAACAAGCAGAUGGGUCCAUGACCCGCCGCUUCGGAGGGACCGGCCUAGGACUCGCCAUUUCCAAACGACUUGUCUCCUUGAUGGGCGGAGACAUAUGGGUCAAGUCUAACCCAGGAAAGGGCAGUACAUUUGCCUUUACCUGCAAACUAAAGAUCGGCGAACCGCCGGCAGCUCUUUUUGAACAGGUCAUGCCCCAUCGUGGACGCCGAUUCUUGGUGAUUAGCGAUGACCCCGAGACAGAGAGAUUUACCUUACAGAUGUUGCAUGAACUUGGACUGCAGUCGAUCACAAUUCCCGCCAAGCAGAUUCUUACAGGCCAGUUCAAAGCGCAAAAGGACAUGAAGUUGGGCGCGAUACUAGUUUCGAGUAUAGACACGGCAGUUGCUCUGCGUGCCUGUGAAAACUUCUCAGCCAUACCUAUGGUCAUUACUGCGCGCCGCAUAUCGAUAGCGCUGAAAACUACCACUGCUCUUGGUAUCACCUCUUAUGUUGCCAUUCCAUGCCGCCCCAUCGAUCUGUGGAAUGGAGUCCUUAUUGCCCUCGGAAAUCGCACCGAGUUUGCUCACUCCGGCGAUACGCGUCCGCUGUCUAUUUUACUCGCCGAAGAUAACGAAGUCAAUGUGAAAGUAGCGGUUCGCAUCCUCGAAAAAGCCAAGCACAUCGUCACUGUAGUGGGCAACGGCCAACAAGCUCUGAAAGAGUUCGAGAAUGGCCAAUACGACGUCAUCCUCAUGGACGUUCAAAUGCCCGUGAUGGGCGGCUUUAAGGCAACAGGGAGGAUCCGUCAGAUUGAGAAGAUGCAAAGCUUACCUCGUACUCCGAUCGUUGCACUUACCGCACAUGCUAUGCUGGGCGAUCGUGAGAAGUGCCUCGAGGCUGGCAUGGAUGACUACGUCUCCAAACCGCUGCAACCAAAUCAAAUGAUGGAGACCAUAUUGAAGACUUCGGCCAUGAAGCUGUCAUCGCCCUCUUCAAAAUCACCAAUGACAGAGACAUUGGAGAUAAUAAAUUGA